AGAAAACAUCUUUAUCGUGUAGUUUGUGUGUGGACGAGCAAAGAGGACAGACGUAAACGAUGUCACGACCCGUUCUAUCGACGCACGUGUUGGACACAUCCACGGGGAGGCCUGCAGCGGCACUGUUUGUUGAAUUAUACAAGAAAAAAGAAAAUUCGUGGGCACUAUGGCACAGCACAACGACCACUAGUGAUGGGCGAAUACAGUUUCCGUUUACAAACGACUCGAUGUCUGGAGGAACAUACAAGUUAAUGUUUAAAGUCGGUGAUUAUUAUAAAAUGCUUGAUAAGGAGACGAUAUAUCCCUUUGUUGAGAUAACGUUCAACACCAAAGACGGCGAACACUACCACAUACCCCUACUGCUGAGCCCCUACGGAUACUCCACCUAUAGAGGAAGUUAAUCAUCACAAUAGCGUUACAAUAAACUUUAUUAUAAUUUCUUUUUUAAUUGCAAAGGAUUUUAUUGUUUAUUCAGUCAGAACCAUGUUAUACUUUCAUCUUAUAUUGGAAAAAUGUUUGAAAAUUUUGUAAUCAAAAAUCCAUUAUCAAUCGAAUUAACAAUAAACCUAUCCCAAACUUCA